CUCCAUACUUAUAAACCCGUAGUACCAAUGAAUAAUAUUAUGACGAAGUAUAAUAAUUUCCUCAUCAAUCUUACUCUAUCUUCUCUUCUCCCUCUUCUUGCUUUCCUCUUCAUGAUCAAUCCCACCCCUUCAUACCUUUCUAACCUUGUUGUCUUUGGCGAUCCCGUCGACUGUCCUCAUCCUCACCACCACCACCACCGUGAAGACCCUGAUGAAGAUGAUCAAUCAGUGAUAAGUUCUAUUUGUGAUAACUUUCCCACCAAUCUCGUUCCACCAGAAACCACCAACACUUCUGUUUUUUGUGUUGAUCAAAACGGAUGUUGCAACUUCACGACGGUUCAAGCAGCAGUCGAUGCAGUGCCAAACUUGAGCAUCAAACGAAACAUAAUUUGGAUAAAUGCUGGAAUUUACUAUGAGAAGGUGAUGGUACCAAAAUCAAAACCAAAUGUGACAUUUCAAGGACAAGGCUAUACAACAACCGCUAUUGUUUGGAAUGACACCGCCAAUUCUUCACAUGGCACAUUCUAUAGUGGCUCUGUCCAAGUCUUCUCUUCCAAUUUUAUUGCCAAGAAUAUAAGCUUCAUGAAUGUGGCGCCAAUUCCGGGGCCGGGAGACGUCGGAGCACAGGCGGUGGCGAUCAGAGUCGGUGGAGACCAAGCGGCUUUUUGGAGCUGCGGAUUUUUUGGCGCUCAAGACACUCUUCACGACGACCGUGGCCGCCAUUACUUCAAAGAUUGCUACAUCCAAGGCUCCAUCGAUUUCAUCUUCGGCAACGGAAGAUCCUUCUACGAGAGUUGCCAAUUGGUUUCUAUGGCGAAUCCGGUUCCGCAAGGAUCUAAGUUUGUGAAUGGAGCGGUGACGGCCCACGGCAGAGCCUCCGCUGAGGAGAACUCAGGAUUUUCUUUUGUAAAUUGCAGCAUCGGCGGGACCGGCAGAGUGUGGCUUGGCCGCGCGUGGCGGCCGUUCUCUCGUGUCGUUUUCGCUAACACCGUUAUGACGGAUAUCAUUGCACCGGAAGGGUGGAAUGACUUUAAUGACCCCACAAGGGACCAGACAAUCUUCUAUGGAGAGUACAACUGCAGUGGAGCAGGAGCCAAUAUGAGCUCAAGGGCUCCCUAUGUUCAAAGGCUUAAUGAUACUCAAGUUUCCUCUUUCCUCAAUCUAUCCUUCAUUGAUGCUGACCAAUGGCUUCAACCCUAUUCAUUCUUUUAAUUUCUCCUUAUUCUUUCUCUCUCUUUUUUCUUUUCAUAUUUUAUAAAUUCUUUUCAUUCUCCUCUCAUCUGAUUAAUAAAUGUCAACUUUAUUUCAAAACUAUUUGA